AUGCUGGUGGAGCUUUUGGCUAGUGCGGACGAUCUCCAUAUCACUGUUGAGGAUCGUUCGAUCUUGGUGCAGGUCAUGAGAGAGGUAUCGGGUAUUCUUUUCUCACAGCUUGCGGUGGCUUCGCAUUCCAUCGAGAAGCAUCGUCGGGAGGCUGUGCUCACCAGUUUGGGCAUUCGACCACGCCAAAUUCCAGGACUGCUUCCGCAGAUUCCAGUGGCCAGCCCCCACCUUUGUGGAGAUAGUUUCACUACUCUACUGCAAGCCGAGAUUGAUGGUGAGAAGCAGGCUCGAGACCUGUCCGUUGCUUUUCGCGAUGUCCAAAAGCCGGUUCCUUCCUCCAGACCUCGUAGGAAAAGUUCGAAGAGUUCGGGUUCUUCUCGUAAGAACGUUGGCCAGUCUAAGGGCCGCCCUCAGGACUGGUACCCGGUCGAGGAGGAAUACCAGGAUCGUGGUCGUCCUUCGUCUCGAGAUUCGUCUUACCGUGAUUCUUCUUUCCGUGGUGCGUCGUCUCGUGGUUCGACUUCUAGGGAGAAGGGGGCAAUAGAAGAAGUAGAUGAUCACCCGUGUCUUUGUUUGUCGCCGGUGUUCGUGAUUCCCAAGCGCUCGGGUUCUUUAAGAAUGAUUCUCAACAUGAAGCGGAUCAACCUUCAUCUGGGAAAAGUUCAUUUCCGAAUGGAUCAUCUGGCAACCAUCCUUCCGUCUUUGAAUCCAGCAGACGUCGCGGUUUCUUUGGAUCUUCGCGACGCUUAUUUUCAUAUACCGAUACAUCCGCUGUCGCGGGACCUUCUGGGGUUUGCCUUCCUGGGCAAAUUCUACCGAUACAGAGUGCUCCCGUUCGGUUUGCGCCCUGCUCCUCGGAUUUUCACGAGAGUCGUGGCGUCGGUCAUGGCGUUUCUGAGAAGACGGGGUCUUCGUCUUUUCGCUUAUCUGGACGACUGGCUGUUGGUUGCAAAUUCGGAGGCUCUGCUGUUGGAUCAUGUGCAGAUUCUGAUCAGCACGACUCAAGAUCUCGGAUUUCUCAUAAAUUUGGAGAAAUCGGAGUUCGUCCCGACUCGCACGCCGUCUUACCUAGGUGCUCAGCUGGACAUUCGUCAUCAGCUGGCUUGUCCCAGUUUCCACAGGGUCGAGACGAUAGUCAGGACGGCUCGUUCUCUGAGAUGUGCACGUCGGGUGAAAGCCGAGCGUUGGCUUCAGUGGCUAGGGUAUCUCUCCAGUCUAGUCGACGUUCUUCCAGAUUGUCGACUAUUGAUGAGACCCUUCCAAUUCUUUCUGUUGGAGUUUUAUCAGCCGGGCGUGAGUUCUCUUUUGACGUGGAUCCCCCUGUCGUCCAGAAUCAAGGGUCUUCUAGGUCCUUGGCUUCGUCGUUCCUUCCUCCUUCAGGGCAAACGCUUCCGAGUUCCUCUCCCUUCCGUGACCGUCACCACGGACGCGUCGCUGUUGGGUUGGGGAGGUCAUUGCCAGGGGUCAAUGAUUUCAGGAGACUGGAGUCAUCUGGACUUUCUGCCCCACUUCAAUGUGUUGGAACUCAUGGGAGUGUUUGCUCCGCUUCGUCACUUCCGUGCUCGUCUGGUGGGUCGCUCAGUUCUGAUACUUACGGACAACGUGUCGGUGAUGGCGUACAUCAACAGACAGGGAGGCACUCAUUCUGUGGCUCUGAAUGAGUUGGCCUCUCAACUCUGGGCGUGGUGCAAGGGGGCGAGGGUGUUUCCGAUUGCAUCACAUAUCCCGGGCGAAGAGAAUAUCAUAGCGGACUUUCUCUCCAGAGGCAAAUGCCUUCCUUCGGAGUGGACUCUGUCUCCGACUGUCUUCAGGCAACUGGUGAGAGUGUUCGGUGUUCUCGACAUCGAUCUCUUCGCAACUUUGCUCAACCAUCGUGGGGACUCCGUGGUCGUUGCUAUGUCAUCCGGAUCUGGUGUCGCAACCUCUGUCCGGUAUUCUACACCAGCGGCCGGAUAUCCUCCAUCUGACCGCUUGGCCGUUAUCGGGGAGAGGGCUCGUUCGUCAGGUUUCUCCGAACGUGCUGCACAAUUUCUAGUCCAGAGUAGACGAGAGUCGACCAGGACGGUUUACAACUCCAGGUUAGAUGCUUUUCACACUUGGUGUGAGGAGGUGGGCGUCGCCCCUAGAGAGGCGUCUUUACCUUCUAUUGCUGACUUUCUGAUCUCUUUGUUUGACAAGGGAAGAGCUCUGUCGAUGAUUCGUGGCUAUCGGUCAGCUAUAGCUGCAGUUCAUUCGGGGUUUGCCGAUGGUACUUCGGUUUCCUCUGCUCCUCAGCUAGCGGCUCUUUUGAAGUCUUUCUCCCUUAAGAGACCCUUCUUCAGACCUCUGACGCCAGCGUUGAGUUUACCCAAGGUUUUGGAAGCUUUAGCACGCCCUCCCUUUGAACCGCUUUGUUCUGCGACGCUUCUGCAUACUACGAUCAAGACGGUUUUUCUCAUGGCAAUCGCUUCUGGUCAGCGUAGGAGCUCACUUCAUGCCCUUUCAGUUGCCCCUGGGCAUAUCCGCUGGGAAGGACGUGGGGUUCGUUUGAUUCCCAAGGCUUCUUUUAUUGCUAAGAAUCAAUCUGACACGUCGGGUUCAGUGGAAGUGGUGCUCCAUCCCUUGUCGGAUUUGUCUUCGGUCUCCGGGGACAAGCUGUGGUGUCCCGUUCGCGCCCUCAAAUGGUAUCUUCACAAGACGAAGCCUUUUAGCAAGUUGGAUCAGCUCUUUCUGGUUUCUCGAGAGCCACAUUCGGCGGCAUCUCGGGAUACGAUCUCCAGGUGGUUAGUCCUGGCUAUCAAGGCUGCGGGCCCUGAGGCCUUGACGCCUGGCAGGACUCCUCGUGCUCAUGAUACUCGCAGUGUCAGUACGUCUUGGGCUCUUUUCAAUGGAGUUUCAGUUCGAGAUAUCUGUAAGGCAGCUUUUUGGAAGUCUCCAAGUUCUUUUACUGCUUUUUACCUCAAAGAUGUGCCCGCGGGCGAACGAGCCUUCGCGGUCGCUUCUCUGAAGGCGGCUUCGUCGUCUAUUUCUCAUUAA